AAAACAAAAUAACAAUAAGAUUAUAUAUAAUUCUACGUAAGACAAAUUUGAUAGUUUUAACCUAUCUGACUGAGGUAAACAAAUUAUAAAGUUUACUUGCAUAAUGACAUCUUUACCGAUUUUUACUCCAGAAAUUGCAAAAGCUGUUUUAACCGAUGUCUUAAGUGCACUAAAUGCUGCAGAAAAUAUUCAAAAAUUAGCAGAAGCUGAAGAAAAAUCUGGAAAUGGAAUGCUGAACAGGAUGCAGUUUGUAUUUCCAGUUAUUAUACAAAUUCAAAUGGAUGUGAUUAAGAAGUACGGCUUUUCGGAAGGUAGAGAAGGUAUAGUUCUGUUUACACAACAACUCAGGGCCUUUGAAAGAAAAGAUCCUGAAAUAGCACAAUUACAUAGCCAAGUUCGCUCGUAUUUUCUACCUCCAGUUACUAGAAGUUCUUCGACCGAAGCAUCCCUUUAAAAUAAAAUGAUUUCCAGUUGGUAUUAUUUCAUUUUA